AUGUCUCCAGCAGAUUUCAAUCUCGUGAUUGAAAUACUAACACUUAAUAGUUUGAGGGAUGGUCUGAAUGUGGAAUUACUCAAAGCUUGGGAUGAAAGAGAAGAAAACCGUAAAUUUCAACUUGUUUGCAUCGUUCACGAUGUUACUGAGGAAACAUGGCAACCAGCUAUCACAAAAUGGACUCGGCGUAACGCUAUCCGUUUCCUCCCCAUUUCGGAGCAGUAUAUGGAUUCAGAAGAUCGUUUGAAAUAUUGGCGGACAGCGACGACGAGGAGAUUCGAUCCGCAGGGCACGAACAACCUACCAAUCAACGUUCAUGUUCCAGUCCUUGAUCUAGGAGAUGCACCGGAUCGUGGGUUUCGAACUUUAUCGAACGUGGUAAUUCAAGGUAGUUUUAGCAAGAACAGGCGAGACUACGGUUGUGUCUUUGAUCUUCUUGAAUCCCUGGCAGACGAUCCUACAGUGUAG